AUGUCACAAAACUCUGAAAAGCCGGCGACGAAUCCAGAUGUACCAGAUCCUACUGGCCCUGCAGCAAGGAAAGGCGUCCUUAUUUCCUUUAGAACAGGGAAAACCAUGGAAAUACCAGAAAAAGAUAUCCUUGGCAGAUGUCGAUUUGUUGGUGAAUUCGAAAAAUUAAACAGAAUUGGAGAAGGUACAUAUGGAAUUGUCUAUCGUGCCAAAGAUAAGUUGAAUGGCAACAUUGUCGCUUUAAAAAAGGUGAGGAUGGAUGUGGAAAAAGAUGGUUUGCCUUUAAGUGGACUACGUGAAAUCCAGGUUCUGAUGUCGUGUAGACAUGAAAAUAUAGUGCAACUCAAAGAAGUUUUGGUUGGUCGCUCCCUUGAAAGCAUAUUCCUAUCAAUGGAGUACUGUGAACAGGAUUUAGCAUCCCUUUUGGACAACAUGUCGUCGCCUUUUACUGAGUCACAGGUCAAGUGCCUAAUGCUACAAGUUCUCAAAGGACUCAAGUACUUGCAUUCUAAUUUUAUAGUGCACAGAGAUUUAAAAGUAUCCAAUUUGCUCCUCACUGAUAAGGGAUGUGUAAAAAUAGCGGACUUCGGUCUUGCCCGCUGGCUGGGUGCUCCUGCUCGCAGUGCCACGCCACGGGUGGUGACGCUUUGGUACCGAGCGCCGGAGCUCUUGCUGCAGUCGCCGCGUCAAACACCUGCAUUAGACAUGUGGGCGGCUGGCUGUAUACUUGGUGAACUCCUAGCUAAUAAACCACUUCUUCCCGGAAGGACUGAGAUCGAGCAGCUUGAACUCAUAGUGGACUUGCUUGGAACACCAUCUGACGCUAUCUGGCCAGAGUUUAGCGCUUUGCCGGCUCUACAGAACUUUACAUUAAAGCAGCAACCAUACAAUAAUUUGAAGCAGCGCUUCCCCUGGCUGUCGGCGGCUGGCCUGCGCUUGCUUAACUUCCUGUUCAUGUACGACCCAAAUAAGCGCGCAACAGCUGAGGAGUGCUUACAGAGCUCCUACUUUAAAGAGCAACCCCUUCCUUGUGACCCGAAGUUGAUGCCGAGCUUCCCACAACACAGAAACAUGAAAGGACAACAAAAGACUUCUACAAACCAAUUGAAUAUACCGCUGUCAAAUUUAAAUACAGGUGCCAAUGACCAAACUAACAACCUCCCAGCCAUCUCGGAUCUCCUCGGAUCAUUGGUCAAGAAACGUAGGCUCGACUGA